UGUGUCGCAGAUUUUGUAAAGUCACUGGACGCUCAGAAAGAUCCAGCCAGAGGAAGUCUCUCCGGAUAAAUGUCAGGGAAACGAGGCGGCUGAAGGGAGCAGCGAGAGGAAGAGAGCACGGGACGGCUGUCACAAGCACUUAACGUUAGCUUAGUUUGUAACGGAGAAAUAACGUUACUUUGACAGUUAAACGCCAGCGGACGGACGGACGGACGGCGGCGUGCGCAGAGAUGGAGCUGUCAGCGAUUGGAGAGCAAGUGUUCGCUGUGGAAUCAAUCGUGAAGAAAAGAGUUAGAAAGGGGAAUGUGGAGUAUCUGUUGAAGUGGAAAGGAUGGCCUCCAAAGUACAGCACAUGGGAACCUGAGGAACACAUUCUGGACCAGCGCUUGGUGCAGGCCUACGAAGAAGCGCAGAGAGACAGAGCUCUGGGUCACAGGAGAAAAGGAUCCAAAGCCAAAAGACUCCUUCUGCAGAACACUGUCUACACCAUGGAUCUCCGCAGCGCUCACAAGACUCCAGAGAAGCCUCCGCCUCGCCUGCGUCUCUCCCUGACACGCUCUCUGGUCUCCGAGGAUGAGGAUCAGCCGUACAGCGCCUGCAGGCAGGACCCGCAACUGGCACAUCGAAAAAGCGAACCCAGGAGGUCACAGUUCAAGUGCCUUGAUUCAAAUCCUUCGAGUCCCACCCAAGAGGACUGGGAAAGUCGGGGAGAGGAAGAAGAGGAGGAGGACAAUGUAGAAUAUGAAGAGGAUAUAUACGAGGAGGAGGAGAAAGAGGAGGCUCUAAAGGAGACAACAGAGAAGAGCGGAGGCAUUUUAAGUGGACAGGACAGUACAGACGAGUGGAGCUCCGCUAUUGGACCGGACGAGGUCAUCGCAUCAGAGAAGCCGGACGACGGCGUCUGGAGACCCGUCAUCGGCCCGGGGGAGGUGACCGUCACGGACGUCACCCUCAACUCGCUCACAGUGACUUUCCGAGAGUCGAGAGUGGCCAUAGGCUUCUUCAGAGACUGGGGCCUGGAGGUCCGAAAUGAGAUGAGGUCUGAGUAGGUUGGCGGGGAGGGCGCUGCGAGAGGGAGGAGGAGGCUUCAUCACAGCGUGUGAAAGGUGGUUGAGGGCCAGGGUUGGUGUUUUCACUCCCUCUGCUCUUCCUCUCACCAGCUACUUCCAGCCUAGUCAGUGGUAUGUUUACAUGCACAGAGUCACCUGGAUACAAUCCAAACUCCAGUUAAUGUUAUAUUUAGGUUAACUCUAACUGGUCGUGACUUCCAUUUUAGACCCAAGUCGCCAGGCGGAUUGAGGUGCAAACACUGGCACUGGACCCAAUGUGAGCGAGCUGUGGCCCGUAUAUGGCACAUGUCAGAUUCAGGUUGAUUUUGGAGAUCCACACUUUGGCUAAGGGCUAGAUGUAGUUAGCAGUACUUGGGCUGGUUGAGGGCCCCCAUUGUUGGCCCCUCGUCCACUGUCAGUGUCAGUGAACAGUUAAAAUGUGACUCAGUAGGCGAAUCGGGAAGUGAGUCAUAAAGUCUCACACCUACAUUAGGAGUCUGUGACUUGCUGGGAUCAGUUAAAAUGUGCUGAUACAGAGAUAUAAUUAUUUUAUUGGUUUUCAUUUUUUCCACCUUAAAGGUUCCCUGUAGAGUUUUCUUCAAAAUAAACAGUUAUGUUUACAUUCAGUGUUACUUACCAAAAGUAUUUUGCCUCAAUUUUAUCCUCUAGGUUUAAUAAUCAAUCUAAUGCAUUUCAAUCCCAUUAAAACCUUUGCAAAGGCAAGGCAACUAUUUAUAUAGAACAUUUCAUACACCAGGGGAAUUCAAUGUGCUGUUACUGGGUAAUAAAAGUACAAGGAUACGCAGUUUGAUCAAAUUCAAAACAAAAAAGUUCAUUAAAGCUGAUUUCUAAAAAUGAAUUAGACCCUGCAUUGCAUUGUUUACUAGCUUGCAGUCCUAUUCUUCCUUUCCUUCUGCUAGGGCAUCACUGCCACCUGUAGAUCAGCGGAAUAGUGUGAAACCUGCAGCAGGAAUGUGCAUCACAUCGCCCAGGAACUAAUAAACUGGGACCCACUCAUGACAACAUUGCUCCAUAGCGCCACAAGUGGUCAAAAACAGCACAGGGAACCUUUAAAGCAGUUAACAGGAGGGACCUCAUGGAUGAAAAUGUUGAUCUUGUCUCCUGUCAUACCGUACGAGUUGUCCAUGUCAGAUUCAGCAAACGUAGUAAAAUAAACAGUUCCUACAGUCAUCAGAUGACUGUAGUGGGAGAAGAGUAUACAGUAGCAUAGUAGCAGAGUUAUGACAUCUAUGUUUUGUGACCUAAAAGCAAAUAAUGUGAGUAAUCAGGUGAAGGAGAGAAAGUUCUCUGUGCAUGUAAACAUGGCCGCUGUUUCUGUCUCUUCCACACUAAGCAAACCGUUCAGUACUGGACUCAUACGUAUUGUACAUACUCCAAAACUACAGUAAAGUGGGCAUAGCCGUUAGUCCCAUACUAACAUGCAGUGCUGUACCUGUAACCUGUGAAAACAUAGACUGUUACUACUGUACAACACGUGGCUUAGUCUUGUAUGCGUUUCCAAAUCCUCGGAGAGAUGAUUUGAUCCGCCUGCAUGGCUUUCUCCUCCGGUACAGUUAUAUUAAUGCAAACACACACAGUGUAGUUCUCUCUGUCCACCCAGCUCUUCAUCUCACAACAUACGACACACCACAAACGAUAUGAAUUGUACCAAAAUCAGAAAACUAGAUGAGACUUGAUGACAGAAUGUACUGUGGAAUUGCACUGUGUUUACUGUACAUCAUAAAGGUUAGUGUGUCUAUCAGGAGCCUCCUUGUAGAGUUUGACCGACAGGGUUAGUCACAUAUUUUAAAUGACUGAAAGCUGUUUUAUGAAACAUACCUAAAGGUUUUAUUGAAUUGCUCCCUUCCAGUUACCUCUCACAAAGGCACAAAAAUCCACUUGCACUCUUAAAGAUAAUCUAUCACAGUUAACAAUGUGUAAAAGUGUGUCAGCUUUAUGGAUUUAUUAAGCUGUGUUCUAGUAAUGUUACCAACUAUCGUUAUUAAAUCAAACCAAAAAUCAAGACAAAGCUUAAGCAACAUGGACAUUAAAACGAUCAUGUUAAUCUUGUAGUUUUUGUGUUGCUCAGGAGGGGUCUGCAUCCCUAAAGGGGUUGCGAGAGCAGUCUAGUCGGUCGCAGGACGAUUGUCCAGGACUUAGGAAAAGUUUGUCUUUUAGACUUUUCUCUGAUGUUUGCUUUUAUCUUGUGAAAUACUUUAGUUUCAACCUUUUUAGGCCUUUUAAAUUAUUCAGAUAAACCAAUCAGCUCACAACUGUCCUAUGACGGGGGGUUGCAAGGAGAUAUUCCCUUAUAUUAAAGGUUAGGUUCACAAUUUUUCCAGUCCUAGUAGUCAUUCCUGUUGAUACCGGCCAUUAAGAGACCCCUUCCUAAUGUGCUUUCAUGUGUAAGUGAUGAAAUCCACAGUCCCAGUUCUCUGCAAAAAUAUACUCCAAAGUUUAUAUUAUGCUAAUAUGAGCAGCUGUCUAAGUUCAACAAAUCACAUGAAUGUCCUCCAGAGUUAGUUAGUUAGAGUUAGUAGUCUUUUUGGUAUAAAAUUCCCUCUUCGUGCUUCCUGUUUUCUUGGUCAACUGCAGAAAUUAUACUUACAAAAAGACUACAGAAGCCUGAUAUUAGCUUCAGACUACAUUUUGAAUACAUUUUUGCACAAAAAGGCACCUGUGAAUUCGGCAAAUUUAGAUUUCAAUUGAGCCUUUAGCUCCGUUAUCAGAGAACUGUAGAUUGUAGAAAUAUCAAGUUCAUUUCAGACUUUGGAAACCGCAGUUAAAAGUAAAGUCUAUUACAAAUAGAAUAAUUAUUAGUAGGUUAAUAUUAAUAGAUUCCAAUGACAGAAAUACAAAUAGAUGAAUACCACUAAUAAUAAUAUAAUGAUUAAAUAUCUAGAAUAAUAACAUAAGUCAGAAAAAUGGGAAAAUGGGAAUUUCCGAAUGUACAAUUCCAUGACACCUGAGCAAAUUCAAUCUGAAAUAAACUGUUGCUGCCUGGAAGGUGAGAGGUUAAUCUAAAAACCUGCAUGUAUGUGCAAUGUGUAGUUAAUGGGCUAAAACAUGAGAAAUAUGGUCUUUAACGCAGGGUGACCCAGCCCCGUCUAUCAAACACAUGGUUAGAAAACUAAAUAAUCAUUUAAUUAGAAAUACUUACAAAUCCAAAUUUUCCCCACAGCUUUACAGACUUAUUUUAUGUAACUGUGUUCAGGGAUAACAUCGAUUAAUAAAAUAAAAGCCCAACUCUGAACCCAGUUUGUCGGCCCAACCCUGCUGGCUUCCUGACCAGUGGACACAGGAGCUGAUGUGAUGUGUCAAGUCUGUGGAAUCUCCCACAGUGGCGUCCCAUUGGUCCACGUGUUGUUUAUCCUACACUGAGGAUGAUGGGUCAGCGUCUCGUGAUCUCAAACCUGUCUCUGUGUGACAAUGAAGCUGCAGGGAAUGGAAGUGCCUGAUGUUGCAUCAUUUUGUUGUUGUUUUGUCUGUAGGGCUAAUGCCUCUCUCUAUCCUUUACACACACACACACACACACACACACACACACACUAUUACUGUCCCAGCUUAUUUGGUUUCUGUCUCUCUGAAUGCACGAUCCUCCACGGAUGUUAUUAAGACUUGAAAUAUGAGGGGACUUGAAAGGGGAGGAAGAUGGAGGGGACAGUAGGGAAAAACCUGUAUUUUUUAAGUCGUUAUUUUUCUACAUUGACCUGAAUGUAUAUUUAUUCUUUAAAGAUACCUGUGUAUUUGUCAUGCAGAUGACUGAACAGAGUAGUUUUUAUACAGUUUGUGAUAACUACUGAGCUGAUGCCAUAUUUAAAUGUACUGAAACAAGCACCUGGAUUUGACGUUGCCUAAUGUGGUUGCUUGUGCUGCUUCUGUCCACCAUUGAGCGAAGAACCUUGCACUUUAUUGUGAUGUAAACCUGCACCUUACCUGCUCCAGUCUAUGAAGUGUCAUCGUGUAAAGAAUAUUUCUAUGGUAAUACUAAAAUAAA